AUGAAAUUGGAGAACGUGAACGUUGAUAAAUUGCAACUUACUGAUUUACCAAAAUUUAAUAAAUGUCCAUGUGAAUUAUGUGAUGAUGGUUGUUUCGAUCGUGCAGGUUAUGAACAUCAUCCAGAUUGUAAACGAUUAUCAUCACGAAGAGAUAAAUUAGCUUUACAAUUUCCUUGUCCUAUUUCACAUUAUAAAGACACAUUUCAAGUACAAAAAAGUGCGUCAGGUAAACCAUUAGAUCAUCGUCGUAAAAUAUGUUCACCGGCACCUGAAAAUGAAAUUCCUAUUUCAUUUAAAAAUUCUCCAAUGGCUGGUAUGACAUCACAACGCGAUCAUUACCAACCACCACCACGAAAUAGUAGUAAAAAUGCACCAACUAGACCGAUUAAACAAAAAAAUAAUGUGAUGUUUAUACGAACAGUACCAAUGGAAACAAAAAGUAGUUAUCAAGCUGAAUAUGUUGAAAAACCUAUUAAAGCUCCUGUACUUCAUGCAGUGAAUACCACUGGAAUUUCUAAUGUUAAUAGUGAUGAUCCAGCUUUAAAAAUGUCAUCUACGACAACAAGUGGAACAUAUUUUAAAUCAUGGCAUUCGCCACCAUCAGAACCUUAUACUGAGGCGCCUUCUAUUGUAGGUAACCUUCUAUUUCCUGAUUCAAGUCGUAAUUUCAGUACAUCAAGUGGAAGUGUAUUUGUACCACAUAAGAAUGUAUCAAAAACAAAAUCACUUCGUCGAUUAGAAACUCGAGGAAAUUUGAGACAAACUGGCUCAGUCAAUUUAAGUACAAGUUAUCGGGAUACUUAUAUUCCACAUGAAUACAGUCCACGAAGUGCUCCAUUUGAUAGAAAAGGUCAAUUGAAUGAAGAUAAUGCUCAUUUACAUCGUAAAAUGGAUUCAAUAUCGCAGACAAGUACAGAUUUUCGUGCUUAUCCUAAUCAUCGACCACCAUUACCAGUCGAUGGGGAUCCAUUUUCAUCUCAAAUUACGAUAGGAAAUUCAACAACGCCAAGAGUAAUGGCAAGUCAAUAUCGUGCAGAUUAUGAAGGUAUUGAUACUAGUCGACAUCAUCGUCCACCAGCAGUAGCACCUCGAGAUGCUCAAAAACUCUAUAUGAAACCAUUACAAAAGAUGGAGUCAUUAACCGUAACUAAGAGAGAUUUUCAACCAUUGGACGUGAGUAGUAUGGCGCGUAUGCGUGCGAUAUCAAUGAAAGAUGCAUUACCAAAAGAUGCGGAACAUAUUCCUAUGGAAAAUAUGACUACAUCUCGAUAUUAUUAUCAUCCACAUGAACUUUUAAAAUCAAGUAGACAAUAUGGUGAACCCGUAUCUGAGGUAUAUGUACCACCAACGACUAAAUUCGAUGGUUCAACAACUAAUCGUGAUACAUACAAAGGACAACAAGGUAAAAGAGCAAAUGCUUUUGUGCCUGAACAAAGAGGGCUUCGUCAUACAGGAAAACAAGAUCUUACUACAAAUUAUCGUACAGAUUAUCAUUCGCAUGGUUUAACAUUAUGUGCUGCUCGAGCUUAUGCCAUUGCUCAACAAAAACAAACAAAUUCAGCACCGAUAUCUGCUCAAUAA